AGGAGUUAAAGGUGAAACCUCUGUUAAUGAUGUAACUUUAGCGUAAAACUGAGUCAUCAGGUUUUCACAUGAAUGGAAUGACUUCGUUGUUGCCAUUCUGUCUCUGCUAUUGGUGAAAUGGUGAUCUUCUUCAACAGACUGAGUGGGCUGACAGUGUGAGGAUGUAUCUAUAUUAGAAACUUAGCUUGACAGUAAGCUACUUUUUGUGGACUGAGGGUCAUUUGUAAAGCGCUAAUACUACAGGAGUAAAUAAUAAACUCUUGUUUCUCGUAACUAGCGUAUAAUUUGUUUUGUCAUUGUCAUCUAGUUUUACACAUUCAGUCAUCUUGUUUUAAAGAAAUUGUAAUUUAAGGUGGUGAAUGGUGACAUUUAAGUAAAAUGGAAGAGGGUGUGAUCAUCAAAUCAAAUCAAAUCAAAUUUUAUUGGUCACAUGCGCCGAAUACAACAGGUGCAGACAUUACAGUGAAAUGCUUACUUACAGCCCUUAACCAACAGUGCAUUUAUAUCCAUGUGUGUGUGUGUGUGUGUGUGUGUGCGUGUGCAUGCUUGUGUGUUUCCACUUUGUGGUGACAUCAGACGCACCGACCACAUCCUCUAUAAUAAGCAUAAAGAGAGAGAUCAGAGAGAAAGAGAACAUCACAGCACAGCAGACUCUGAACUACUGAGGUAACACAUUACAUCAGAGUUAAAUGACCAUGAUCCUCCCCGCAGCAGCCAGUUUCUGGACCUCUACCAUUAUCCUUCUGUAUCUGCACUCAGGUAGGUGUGGGUUUGUGUGUGUGUGUGUGUGUGUGUGUACAGAUGUGUGUGUGUGUGUGUGUGUUAUCUGACAAAUAUAUAUGAUUAUUUCUCUAAUGAGUUAUUGUUGGUGUUUUGUCCCUUACCUAGGUGAUUGUGCAGAGAUCAUUGAUGGAAAGGAGGUGAAGCCUCACUCCUUACCUUACAUGGCUCUAUUGGAGAACAAACAAGGACAUAAAGUGUGUGGAGGAAUCCUGAUCCACCAGCAAUGGGUCCUGACUGCAGCUCACUGUUCUGAGUAGGUCCAAUAUCAAAUGUUGCUGUUGUUCUUGUACAGAUGCUGUUGCUGUAAUGGUUCGCGUAGCAACUCGGUCACAAAUGUUUGAUUUUUUUUUUGCGUUGUGCUUCUGAGAUUGCGUCAUUGUAGUUGUUGGGUUGCUUCCUUCAGCUGAUCUAACAGAAGGUUUCUGUUUCUGUCUGAAGCAUCACCAAGGUGUUUCUAGGGGUCCACUCCAUCAAACAGGAAGGAGACUAGGCAGGUCCGUAAGGUUAAAGGUCGCAUCCCUCAUCCCUGUUAUGACCGCAACAUCAGAGUCAACGACAUCAUGCUGCUGAAGGUCAGUCACUACUGGUAUCAGUCAUUCUUCAAUUCAAGGGACAGUUGAAGGAGAAUUGACACAAAACCUUCUUCUUCCUCCUCCUCCUCCUAGUUGGAUAAGAAAGUAAAGCCGACUAAGGAGGUGAAAGCUCUAGCGUUACCUGUACCUGUGGCAGAUGUCCCAGCAGGGACCCAAUGCUCAGUGUCUGGAUGGGGAGCCACCCAGAACAACGCUAAAACCAUGUCUGAUGUCCUGCGAUCUACCAACGUCACCGUGAUCGACAGGAGGACGUGUAACUCUGAAGACUACUACAACAUGACCCCGAUCAUCACCUACAGCAUGCUGUGUGCCGGCUCUGUGGACAAGACCAGGGUGGACUCGUGUCAGGUGUGUGUGUGUGUGUCAGAGGAGGCUGGUGAGAGGAGCUAUAGGAGGACGGGCUCAUUGUAAUAUCUGGAAUGGAAUUAUUGGAACGGUUUCAAACACAUAAAACAUAUGGAAACCAUGUUUGACUCCGUUCCAUCGAUUCCAUUCCAGCCAUUACAACGAGCCCGUCCUCCUAUAGUUCCUCUCACCAGCCUCCUGUGGUUUUGUGUCAGUGUACUCGCUGAUAAAGUUUUUUUAUAUAUUUUGCAGGGAGCCAAUGAUCAACCAUUGAUGCAUGCGUUAAACCUUAUAUAUAUUGUUUGUAAAUGACUGAAAGUAAUCAUGUAUGAAUUUAUGUGUUGUGCGUUUUUAGGGAGACUCUGGAGGCCCGUUGGUGUGUGGAAGUGAGCUAAGGGGAGUCGUGUCGUUCGGUGGUAAACAAUGUGGCAUCAAGAACAAACCUGGAGUGUACACACUCAUGUCAACAAAAUACCUUGACUGGAUCAACAAAACCAUGCGGAAGUCACUGAUUGACUGAUUGAUACCUGCAUUCUCAGGCUUUUUCUCGAUAAUUGU